UGUCCUUCUCGCCGUGGAGGGGGGCGCCCUCAGAUCGCAGAUGGUCGGCGGACGCUGAGCUGCAACGUUCUCGCUUAGCAUCAUGAAAACGGUGGCAGGGUUGAUCUUGGUAACAGCAGUGGUGUUGGCGAUGGGAGCCACCCCAGAACCUCCAAGAAGCGGAGUGAUCGGAGCCAAAGGACUGGCUACUGCAGCUGAUUGUAGCGGAGCUGUCGGAUUCAGCGCCACUGGUUUGGAUAGGGUCCAUUCCAGCGGCCUCGUCAGCUACAGGACCACGCUUGUCGACAGAGGAGUCGGCUUCAGCAGGGAAACUGGAGAGUUCACCGUACACUGUCCAGGCAUUUAUCACGUAGCCUUUGCCGCCUACUCUGAUCAGGCUAACACCAAAAUAGUGUUGAAGAAGAGGACAUCCAACAGCACAUGGACAGAAGUGGCAGGAGCAGGGGGAAAUGGUUCAGGUGGUGGUUCAAAUCAAAUCCUUUUAGAUCUUGGAGUUAGUGACCAAACUGGGGUAUGGCUUGUAAGUGGAGAUAUCGCUAAAGAACAAGAUCGUGCUGUCCCGUCCACUACCUUCACAGCAUUCAGAAUAGCCAAAAAGUGAUGAAACCUACAUUUCUAUGUGCCAAUCACUGUCCUACAAGUCCAGUAUUAAAACAUAAAUAUUAACGAUUAAAAUAAAAUUGGGUAAAAGACUCCUGACUUGAAUCCUUCUUGCACUCAUCUUGAUUAUUUCAGUUACACUUCUUUAUCUUUUUCUACUCUAAUUUUUUCACAUUUUCUUCUAACCUAUUUAUUAUUAUUAUUUUUCUGAAACAGUCUUUAAGAAUACUUUAAGCAUGAAUUACUAACACUUUAUCAUUUCCACUCACCUCUUCAGCAUGCUCUGUCAUUUUCAACACUUUCUUCUUUAACUUUUUCUUUUUCUUUUAACUUCUUCUCUGCAUGGUUUGUCUUUUUCUGUUUUCUUUAAAUGUAAAUAUGAUUGUGAUCAAUUGCAUGAAAUAUCAUUACAAGUCCAGUGUGAGGUUUGUCGUUAUUUCAUUCGAUAUGAAGUGACAAUCAAAUCUCCUCAUGUAAACAAGCAGGAGUUCUUUUCAGAUUUAUGCUCUAGUUAAAUUUUUAAAAUUAAAAAAAAAAUUUGGUUUUCUAAAAAACUCUUAUAUGUUUAUCAAGUUACUUUUUAAUGCAAACAUAAAUCAUCAAAUAAAAAAAGUUAGUUAAUCCUUAAAUGAAUGGGUGAUCACUUUGGUUGAAUGCUCUUAACUUCAGCAGUGUUUUUUAUUCAAUGACUAAUUAAAUUAAAUGGACUAAAGUGUUUACCCAGAAAUCAAUUAAUCAAAUAUAUUACUCUGUGAACAGUCUAAUUAAAAUGUUGACAAAAUAACAAAGGAAACUUAGUGAGUAAUCAUUAUUAGAGGGUAGCUGAUUGUACCUGUAGAUGAGGAAUUUAUUUUUAUAGAAAUGGAUAGUUUACUUCUAAUGAUUUGUAUCAUAUUUUUUUAAACUGUGUAAUCGCAUGUUUUAUUUUUAAUUUAUUUAUACUUCAUAAAUCUUUU